AAUUUUAAAUAAUGAUUAUGAAUAAUGAAAAUAUUAUCAUCAAUACCGUCAAUAAUAAUGAUUCAAUAUUGCAAUGUAAUUGUUGCAAUUCAAUCACACCAUCAUCAUCAUCAUCGAAUUUGAUGAUAAAUUUUGAUUAUAAUAAUCAUCAUCAUCAUCAUCCACAUUGUGUAAAUCAACGAAUAAAACGAUUAUCAUUAUCGAAUCAAUUAUUUAGUAGUAUUAAUUCCGAUUCAUCUUGUUCAAGUUAUUCAAGUAUUGAAUCAUUAUUAGAAUCAAGACGUGAAAAUCCUGAACAAAUUCUAUUGGCAUUAGGAUUUGGUAGGCCAAUUGAUUCAUUGGAUCAUUUGGAUCCAUUGAAUCGUAUACCAUAUAGAUUUUUUAUGCAACAAUCCAAUUGUAAAGGUGUUAAUGUUAAUGAUUUUAUACGACUAUUACGUGAAUCAGAAGAAACAUCACAAAUAAAAUCAUCAUAUUAUUGUAAUCAAUUUAUUUGAAAUGUAAUUUCAAAUCUGGACCGAUAAUGAUUUUUUCGAUGAU